AUGACUGAAAGACACAGAUUUUCCAGUUAAUAAAAACUUCCAAUAUUAGAUUUGACAUAAACAAAUAGAUUUCCAACAGAGGGACUUAAAGUUAAUGUAAUGUCUUUUAAAGGAAAUAGAUUACAGUCUAAUCAGGUGAUGCUUAAUUCGUUAGUUUCAGAUCUUUAAAUGAAUUGAAUCCUAAAUUUGGUUUUCCUAUCAAUUCUAUGGAUUCCUCAUAAUAAUUAAACUAAACAAUUUAAAAUGAUUUAACUUAAAAUAAGAAAAUGCUUUUGAUGUUAGGAAAAACUCUUUACAAAUAAAAAAAUGAAUACUAAGAAUAUUAAGAAAAUAUAAUAGUAUAUGAUUUGAUUUAAAUUAGAAAAAAAUAAGAACUGUUACUAGAAUGUAAAAAUAAGUUAAAAAAGUUCCACAUCGUAUUGAGUCUUUUAAAAAUAAUAAUAAUGAUAAAUCUCCUAACGUUAUCCAAUAAUUUGCAAAAAAGAAAGUGACAUUUCCUAUGUAUUUUAAUGGAGCAUUUUUUACAAAAUUGUAACAUACUUGGGUACCUACAAUUAGAGAAAAUACUAUGGCAGCAGAUUUCUAAAAAAAAAUAUAUAUGUUUGGUGGAAUAGGAAGUGAAGUUAUGGGUGAUUUAAUUGAAUAUGAAAUAUAAACAAGUAAAUUUAGAGAAAUUAAAUAAAAUGGUGAUAUUCCUUUAAAUCGUUAUGGUCAUUGUUUACAUAGUAUUGGUUACCCAAUAACUUUAUCUACUUAAUUCACUUAUGAUAAUUAAUAAUAUACUUAGAUUAAUGGAAAACAACUUAUAAUGUAUGGAGGUGAAAUGUAAUUUAAUUCAGCUUUGAAAUUAAGAGAAAAUUUAAGUGACACAAGAAUUUUUGAUUUAGAAACAGAAACUUGGUAAUUAUUGAAACCAAAUAUUGAGAAUAUACCUGAAAGUAGAAGAUCUUUUGGUAGUUGUAUAGUAGGAAAAGGAUUAAUUGUUAUGGGUGGUAUUAGAAGUAGAUUUUCAGUUUUUAAUGAUAUUCAUUAUUUAAAUUUAAGUAUUUAUUUAUUAUUAAAUUUUAGAUCUUUGUAAAUGGAAUCCUUUAGAAACAAAUAAGAAUCCAUUUAAUAAAGGAUUAGCAUUCUAGUAAUUAGUUUGUGCUUAUAAUAAACCAUAAUUGAUCUUUGAAAAAAAGGAUACAAGAAGUAAGCCUUAUAAAGCCCUUGAACAUGAGGGUAUAUAUUGUUUUGGAGGAUGUUAUAUAGAUGAAAUUAAAAAUACAUAAUUCUACAAUAAUUUUAUGGCACUCUUAAAAUUAGAUUAACCAAAUAAUCCUUGGGUAAUUCCUGAAACUUUUGGAAAAUAACCUGAUCCAAGAAUUUAACAUACAGCAUCAUAUGUAUAAGAAAUGAAUAUAAUAAUUAUCUUUGGUGGUAGAGAUGAUUCUAGAAGUCAUCCUUAUUUUAAUGACUUAUUUGCAUAUAAGAUUUGUGAAAAGGAAUGGGUUUAAUUAGAUAUUUAUGGUAAUAUUCCAAGACCAAGAGCUUCUCAUUCUGCUGUAGCUUAUAAAAGUUAAGUAUUAUAUUUUGGUGGUGUAAGUAUGAAUGGAUAUCUUGAAUUUUCAGUAAAUGUUGCAGAAUUUAAUCAAAAUUAAAUAAGAUAAUUAUAAGCAGAGAUGAAAGCUUAUGAAUAAACAACAGAAGUUUAAACUCAAAAAGAAGAAUGUUAAAGACAAUCUAUUUUAUCUAAAUAGUAUUUCUCAUUACAUUAAAUUGCACCUAUUUAAAAACCUAGAAAUAUGACAAAGGCUGAGGAAAUGAAUUAACAAAUCUAAUAAUUAUCCUUUUCUAAUUUUCCUCUACAUCUUAAAUAAACUUUAUGA